GUGCUGGGAGAGGGGAGGGGAUCAUCCUCUCUCCAUGUUUUUUAUAGCUACUCUUCCUAAUUGUCCUGCUGCUACCUCAUGCUCCAGAUAUCCAAGAAAGCUGACAUGGUAAAGUUAUAUACAGCAUUGCAGUGACCUCUUUGCAAUGAGGAUGCGUAUCUCUCCAAUAAAGCCCCAGACAAAAUGACAGUGACAGCUGCCUCGUGGCAUUCAGCUUGAAUGGAACAGGUUUGCUCAGAAGUGUCAGUCGCCAGCGUGUCAUGACAGCAGAUAGCACCAAGGAAAACAUCUUUAAGCCCCAUCCUGGAAAAGUGAAACUUCUUUCAGCAGCUGCAGAGGCUGUUUAGCAGGAAAGGUGCUCUUCAAAGUCUUUGCACUUCUUCUUGGGUUGAUCUUCUUUUAUGAAACUCCUGAAAGCUGAAACCUUUUGCCAGGUGUUAGUUGCAGAAGCCCAUAAAACAAAAUCUCCCUCAGCAGAAGCAGCAAAGCUGGAGGUUUUAUGGGUGGAAGGAACUCCAAGAACCAAGAGAAGAAAAGCACGAUGCUGUUGAAGAGGAGUCAGAAGUUACCUCUGUGGGAAGACGCUCUCCUCUCUGGGAAAGACCCAAGAGCACUCCUGAAGCGUGGACUGCAGUAUGUCAGCUUGAGCCUCAUCAUGAAAGGGAUGACAAGGACGCCUGACUUUUUGUGGGGAUUGCCACAGGUCCAGAAACUGAAUCUCUCCCACAACCAGCUGGUGGUCCUUCCUCCUGCUUUGGCGAAACUUGACAGGCUGGUGGUGCUGAACCUGUGUGGGAAUCGCAUGAGGUCUCUGCCGAAAGAGAUUGGGCUACUCAGGAACCUGAAGGUUUUAUUUGUCAACAUGAAUUGCUUGACGGAAGUACCGGCCGAACUCGGACACUGCAAGAAGCUGGAAGUCUUGAGCCUCUCUCACAACUGCAUCUCCCAUCUCCCUUCGAGCAUCACAGACCUGAUAAACCUGCGAAAGCUGAACCUCAGCAACAAUCGGUUCAUUUACAUUCCCCUAAGUGUUUUUGCGUUGCGGAAUUUAGAUUUUCUACAUGUAGGCUGCAACAAGCUUGAAAACAUUGGAGACAGUAUCCAAUUUCUAGUCAACCUGCAGAUCUUGAUUGCUGAUUAUAACAAGAUUCGCAGCUUGCCAAGGUCUAUCUGCUCAGUCACUGCUCUUGAACUGCUAAAUGUUGAUUACAAUUCCAUUCAAAUGCUUCCAGAUGAACUCUAUUUGCUGCGCCGAUUGCCAAAAAUUGCUUGGAAUCCAAUGGAUAAGGGGCUACACAUUGUGCACAACCCUUUGUCCAAGCCACUGCCACAGAUUAUAGAUGGAGGACUGAAUGCACUCUACAGCUAUCUCAAAGAUAAAAACGAGCUCCCAUAAAUGUACACUUUGCUUGGGAUAGACCUGGUGGCCAUGUCUCAACUGAGUUCUUUAAUUUUUCUGAUCAGUAGCUUUUACUGCACUCAUCAAGAGUUGGAGUACGGUUGCAAUAUUUCCCCCCGCCCUGAGCAAGUACAUUGACUUUAUGUUGACUGUGCAAUGGAUUUUCCAAAUAGUAUGUAUCCUUGCAGUGCUGAGGUAUCCUUUAGGAUGGCAGGGGGUGAGGAGGAACCCCAGGGAUCGACAUAUUUCUCUUUAUUUAGCUGUAAUCGGAUUAAUACAGAGCCAACAGCAGUUUCAGGCUUUUCCCACCUGUCAGAUUUCAAUAACAUUAAUAUAAAGCAUAUUGAUGUAGUGUGAUGUGAUGGUCUUGUGAAGUUCAGUGGCACUUUAAACUCCUGUUUAGUGUCUUGUACCAAGGGAGGGGGGGCGCUACAGAAAUCCUAACCACAAGAAGCUGAACUGAUUCCUUAGGAAGAAAGCUUGAUCUGGUUACAAAGCAAUGUGUUUUUGUUCCGUGACCUAUCUGUUACUACAUUCUGGCUGUGGUUCAGUCCAUUUAAUUUUCCAGUGUGUUUGAUCCCAGACAAGCAAGUUGCUACCUAAAAAGAUAUUGUAGAAAGAGUUGGUGAAUAAAUCUUGCAGCAAUUGAGAAAAAAGUCCAGAAUGGAAACGGCUAGUACCUCAAAAUCUUGAAGCAGGGAUUAGGUAACGUACAUCACAACAAGUACUUGAUGGAAUGUAUAGUUGCUUGUGAUGUGAGAAGUGGGGGCAUGGCCAGAUCCACACCCCUUGUCAAUGGGGCUUGUGCAUGAGAACCACCCAGUUCUCUGCCCAGGUGUAUAGAAAUGGUGAGCCAAAUAGCUAUUUUUUAUGAGGAGAAACCUUCUAAGGCUUGAAGUCAUUACUUGCCUCCUUUUCUAAAAUAUUGGCCUGGGCACAUAUCAUAUGAUGCCUGUCUGAGGUGGUUCUACCUAGUGUCCUUGUGGAAAUGUAUUUCAUGAAUGUUUUCUAAAGAAGCAAU